UUCUACUUCGUGUUGAUGGCUGUCGAUGUAUUCAUCAUUUGUCAAAGUAAUUUGACAGUUAACAUCGCCCGUGAUAAGCCUACGGUGAUGAGCAGCACGUAUACACAUUUUGUUUCCAGUUUCGCCGUCGAUGGGAAAAUGGGAACUGAUGCAUAUACCGAUGGCUGUACCCAUACCGAAAUACCUGACUACAAACCUUGGUGGAUGGUCGACUUGCAGGGAACGUAUGUUGUUCACACUGUUAUCUUAACAAACAGAGCUGGAUACGCAGAAAGGCUCCACAGUUUUGUCAUCGAAAUAUUUUCACAAAACCCUCAAGGAUGUUCUGGCGCUGGUUCUGUCGUUUGUUACAAUUACACAGGAGUGGGGCUGCCAAGAGGAAACACUCCGCUUAAGUGCGACCAACCAACCAGAGGCCGAUUCGUCCGCAUAAGGAAAUGGAAAGUAAUGCAUUCCUUAGACGUGCUGACCUUGUGUGAAGUUCAAAUAUAUAGCUAUGAAGAAAAAGGUUGUGGUAAUCCUAAAUAUUUCUGGCGUCAGUUUGGAAUACGUGUGUUAAGUCAACACUCUGAGCUGUUAAAUGUCACGUCAUUGAUGGAAUGUUCAAUGACAUGCGACAGGAAAACCAGCUGUUUGGCUUUCAACGUCAACGUCAACAGUCGCCAGUGUGAACUCAUCUCUAACAGAAGUUUUGACGACACCAAGGAGAUCAAUCCAGACUGGGAUUACUAUGGCUCGGAUUUCUGCUAAUCUGAGUAACAAAACCGUUAACUGUUUGUAAAUCGUAGAGUCUGAAGGAGAAUUUAAAUGUUUAGUCUCUAGGACGACUGUCAAUUCCUAUUAUUGUUUGCUUUUAAAAAUCUGCAAAAUAUG